AGAGACAGAAGACAAGACGAGAGAGAGGAGAGGAGUACAUUUACAGGACUGUUUCUCCCUGAAGAUCCUUCAGAAAUAAAAUCUGUUGGCUGCAACAUUCAUCAGUCAGGACUGCUGCUUGAUGUCACUGGGAUCUGAUGGAAAACCCUCCAGAGGAUUUUUCAUGGUAUCACCACAUGGGUUCAAUGAAAGAUGUGCAGUUUUUUAACUGAAGAAACUUGUUUCUGACAUAUUUGGAUUGCAAGCCUGGACAGAGACAAAAACUGGAAAAACAGACAGAACUGGAUGAAAGACACCAGGAGAGAAGACAGACUUCAUUUUAGAAUAACCUUAUAUGGUUCUUCUUGGGACUUUUACAGGAUUUUGGCAUUUCGUCGAAGCUUGAAGGCUUGAAUUUGGAAUCUAAGACAUAUUUCUGAUACAGCUGGAAACACAUCAAGAUUACAGCUUGUCUGAGCCAUGGCGGAGAGGAGACGGAUGAGCUACAGCGUCCACAGAGACGUCCUGGAUGAAGUAGCCGUGGACGAAAUGGCAGAAAAGUCUGAAUCGAAAACUUCUCUGUGUGAGAAGGUCAGAAGAUCCAUGAGGUGUUCUGGUGCGAGGACGAAGAGCUGCCUGCUGGGAAGCGUUCCCGUUGUAUCGUGGCUUCCUCGUUAUUCCAUCAAAGAGAACGCUCUGGGAGACCUGGUCUCUGGGAUCAGCGUCGGGAUCAUGCAGCUGCCGCAGGGAAUGGCCUACGCCUUGCUGGCAGCGGUUCCUCCAGUCUUUGGCCUUUACUCCUCCUUUUACCCUGUACUCAUCUACUUCAUCUUUGGCACAUCCAAGCACAUCUCAGUCGGAACAUAUGCAGUGAUGAGCGUGAUGAUUGGAGGAGUGACGGAGCGACUGGCCCCUGAAUCAGACUUCACUACAUGGGACAACGUGACCAACUCCAGUAUAGUCGACAUCGCAGCACGAGAUGCAGAACGAAUCCGAGUGGCCGUAGCUGUCACCUUUUUAUCUGGAUUGUUUCAGAUUCUGCUGGGUCUGGUCCAGUUUGGUUUCGUGGUCACCUACCUGUCGGAUCCGCUGGUCCGAGGUUACACCACCGGAGCUGCCAUCCACGUCAUCGUGUCACAGCUCAAAUACACCUUUGGCAUCAACCCACCAAGAUACAGCGGACCUCUGUCCUUGAUUUAUACCGUCUUGGAGAUCUGCUAUAUCAUUCCGGAGACCAAUAUCGGCACUCUGGUCGUCAGCAUCGUCACCAUCAUCAGCCUCAUCCUGGCCAAGGAGCUCAAUGCGUACCUGAGUAAAAAGCUUCCUGUUCCUAUCCCGGUGGAGCUGGUCUGUGUGAUUAUCACCACGGUGAUCUCCUGGCAGGUGAACCUGACGGGGAGAUAUGGGGUGGAUGUCGUGGGAGAGAUUCCCUCAGGCCUCCAGCCUCCAGUCUUCCCAGCAGCCUCUCUGUUCGGUCGGGUGAUCGGAGACGCCUUCGCCCUGGCUGUGGUCGGCUACGGCAUCGCCAUCUCUCUGGGACGAAUCUUUGCCCUGAAAUAUGGAUAUAAGGUGGACAGUAACCAGGAACUAAUCGCUCUGGGUCUCAGUAAUUCCUUUGGAGCUAUAUUUCAGUGUUUCGCUAUCAGCUGCUCCAUGUCUCGCAGUCUGGUCCAGGAGAGCACCGGAGGACGGACUCAGGUUGCUGGAGUUCUGUCAGCAGUCGUCAUCCUUUUCAUCACGCUCUGGAUUGGGAGGCUGUUUGAGGAUCUGCCCAAGGCUGUGCUCGCCGCCAUCAUCUAUGUCAACCUGCACGGCAUCAUGAAGCAGUUUUUGGACAUCCCAGCUCUGUGGAAGAGCAACAGAGUAGAUAUGGUGGUCUGGGUCGUCACCUUCAUCCUCACCGUGCUCCUCAACCCUGACCUGGGUCUGGCUGCUUCCAUCGGCUUCUCCAUGCUGACCGUCAUCUUCAGGACGCAACUACCUAAAUACUCGCUGCUGGGGCAGCUACCAGACACCGACAUCUACAAGCCUCUGGAGGAUUACAACCAGGUGAGGCAUGUUCCGGGGAUCGUGAUCUUCCGUUCCUCCGCCACGCUCUACUUUGCCAACGCUGAGAUGUACCAGGACGCUCUGGGAGAGAAGUCUGGCAUCGACGUUACGAAGCUGCUGUCGGCGAAGAAGAAGCUGGAGGCCAAAAGGAAGAGGCAGGAGAAGAAAGCCGCCAAGAAAGAGCUAGAGAAGAACGGAGCAGACGUGGAUAAGGAGUUAAAGCAGAAGGACGUUGCCAUCAUUGAGGUAGAUUUUGAGCCGGACCCGUCCCUGCCCAGAGCCAUCGUCCUGGACCUCAGUCCCGUCAACUUCCUGGACACCGUGGGAGUCAAGACACUCAAAAGUAUUCGGAGAGACUACGGAGAGAUCGGUAUAGACGUGGUUCUGGCUGGGUGUCAGUCUGGUGUGGUGGAAACCCUGCAGAACGGAGGUUUCUUUAAUGACAGAGUGACAAAGUCCUGCCUCUUUGCCACCGUCCACGACGCCGUUCUACGCUGUCAGGCUGGAAAAACUAAGAGCCACAGAGGGGAGGAAAAUGAGUAUUACACUGUGGACUCUGACCAGGAGGAGAUCAGAGCGACUCAUCUGUGAGUCCUGGAGGAACGACGGAGGAUCUGUAGGAGGAUUUUAUGUGGAUCACUGGGACUCCCGUCUGUCACAAACACAGUGAACAUGAAUGUUUGUGGAGAUGAGGAACUGUGGAGCUGUUCAGGUUCAAAUGAGGAAACAUUCUGUCUGAAAACAUCCAGUGGAAGGAGUUCUGGAGCAGAACUUUUCAGAUCAAGACAAUAUUCUGUGUGUAUAACAUGUCUUCAGUUCGACGUUGUACAUAUAUUAUAUUUGCAAUCCAUGUGCAUGAGUAGAGACAACGCUAUUUAUACAAACUAUCAGUCAUAACUUAUAAUCCAAAGUCAGUCAAUCACUUGAAUAAAAAAAUCUAGAUUUACAUUCUGCUUUAAUGUUCAACAUUUAGUUAAUGCCUUGCCUUUUAAACUUUAAAUAAAAACCUACAUGGAUGGUUUAA